AUGACGCCCCGGCGGUUAUUCCAUUUAAUGUCAACUCAUGUUAAGGAAAUAUCCGCUCCGUCUCAUUCCAGCCGGGCCUUGGAUUGGGAUCCUCCCUGUAGCCCACGGCCGGGAAGCAGGACCCAUGGGGCCUGGUCCCGGCGCCCAUCGCCGGCUCCAAACUUUCCCCAACUCCAGGCCCACCUGUCACGGAGGGAGGGAGGGCCAGCCCUCGGGGACGUCCGGGAGGCUGCGGGGUCUCCAGCUGCCGGCGUGCCCCUCUCUCGGCCGGCCGCCCUCCCCACUCCCAGGCCGGGGCCGCCUGGGCCUCCCCCGUCUUCGGCCGGGCCCCAAGGCGACCCGCAGCCCUCAGGGAGCUCCGCUCGCCUCAUCGCCGAGCUGCGGCCCGGCGCCGGCCCCGGGGUGGGCCGGGGUCUCAGCCUCCUCAGGCCGAGAGGGUUCCCGGGACGGUUAAUGCCCCAGGCCCGGCGCCCUCCCCCGCCCGGGGCUCAGCCUCUCACCUGCCGCCGCCGCCGCCGCCGCUCCACGCUCCUCCCGGGAGGGGCCCCGACCCGACCCGGCUGCGGGCCGCUCCGCUCUCCCCCUGGGCAGGCCCGGGGCGGAGCCGGGGCCUCUCCUGAGCGCCGCAACCCCCCGCCCGGGCAGCCGCCGCCGGCGCCGGGCUCCACGAGAGGGCGGGCGGGGGAGGGGGGCCACGGAGGCCGCAGAUCCCCGGGCUCGCGUACAGAGCCAGGCGCCCGACGCGGGCCCGGGCCCGGGCGGCCGCGGGGGACGCGGGACCGGCCUCCUGGGGCCGGACAAAGGCCAAGAAAGGCGCAGGAGGGCCCAGGCCGGGCCGGGAGAUCCUAACUCCUUAGGAAGAUGCAUUUCUAUCGUACAGCUGUGGAAGAGCCAGGACACAGUCUCUGGCCUCAUGUAGCCUACAGUCUAGUGGGGCAGACCAAGAUCUGCCUCCUGUUCCCCACCCAUCCCAACUGGUUCUAGAAUUGUGUCCUCAUCCUGGAUGUUACAAGUUUCAUCACUUAGGAUUAAACAUUAACCUUCAUUUAUACUGCCAACGUUUUCAACCUGAGGAAAGUUAUUUCUGAGAAAUCAUAUUUUUUCUUUAAAUCCUGCCUUCCUUCCACAUUUCCUUUGGGACCUCCAAUUUAGGCAGAUGUUGGAAUUAUCUGUGUCAGUUUCUGAUGGCUGCUACAACAAAGUACCAUGACUUUAGUGGUUUAAAAUAACACAAAUUUGUUAUUUUACAGCUCAGAGGACAGAAAUCCUAAUUCAAGGUGUUGGCAGGGCUAUAUUCCUCUUGGAGGAUCUAGGAAACAAUCUAUUUCCUUGCCUUUUCCAGUUUCAUGGUCUUUUCCUC